CGCCGUUGGGAAGCGCCGUCAAUGGCCAUAGCUAGGCGGUAGGUACUCUACAUAGGUGGUAAUCAAUGCCACGCUUCCUGUCCAGGUUUCUCCUGCUCAGUAGUUGUCCUGACGGAGUGCCCGGCUGUGAGGUGAGGCAUGAUAAAUUCUCCAGUGAAAAACUACUGGGAGGUGCCGCGGCAACUUUCAUUGACCCGGUUGGCGGGCAGAUGCAGAUGCACUCUAGAGUACGAGGAGAGUAUGGUACACCGGCGGUAGGGGUCGGCCGUCCAUACCUACCGGUACCUGUGAACUCUAUGUACUAUUCGUACUCGGCCACUGUUGGAACUGUUGCUGUACCAGUUGGCCGGGUAAAAGGGACGCAGGAGUAG